UCCUCGUCAUGCAUCAUCAGAUUAAAUUGAACUUAGACUGUCAUUUGAAUAUAAUUAGACGGCAAACAUCAGAUAAAAUACUUGAGCACACAAAAUUUGAAAUGACAUGUUCAAAGAUAAAACACAUCUACAGUAGCCAUAGGUAGCGUCUUAGCGCGCACAAUUACCUAGUGAUUACGAUGAAGAAGUCAUAUUAACGGAAUUAUGCCACAACUCCCCUGUUGGGCGCUUUGGGCCUGUGUCCUCCUGUCAUUAUGUUUUGUCAGCCAAACGUCUCGAAGUGAUGACGGUGAUGUAUCCUUAGGCUUAGGAAUGGAAAAUAAUUUACGGUUACGUCCAGAAGAAGCAGCUGACCAUAAAGAUGCAAGUACCGUGAUUAAUAAGCGGUUUUACCAACUGAAACUUCGCAAUGUACGAUCAGUAACAAAUAGUAGCACUACAGAGAAUAACACAGGUAUUGGUAGCGUUAUACAUCAGAACAUAACUCUGAAACUAUCAUCGCCUGUGCUAAGGAUUUUCACAGCACCUCCGAUACAAACAGGCGAAACAGCCAAAUUAUCGGAAAGUACUAUCUUACCACCAACCUUAAUUCCUCGCACAAUACUGAGAAGAAACCCCCCUGGGCCAGAAAUCAACUGUGGUAACAAAGUGUAUUCGUGUUCAAAUAAAUGCAAGGAAAAGACUACACAUAUUGUAUUCUCAAGCUUCAAACAACCAGCUGUCUCUGAUUGCUAUUGCGAUAAGGCCUGUAAUGAUGUAUUUGAGGACUGCUGUAGUGAUUACAAACAGUCGUGUUCAAUGAAUUCGAAAUUAACAGAUAGUGAUGAUUUCUACAAACAGAAGAGUAAUUGGCGUUGCAUAACCAUGAAAGUAAAUGCAGGGAAGUGCUCGAGACCAAAAGGAUCGUGGAUGGUAGCACGAUGUCCAAAUUCUUGGCCAAAUGAUGAGGUCAAAACAAAAUGUCACAAUCCUGCCUUGGCACUAGAUGCUCAUUCCCUCCUCCUAUAUUUACCCGUCGUUGGUCUCCCUGAUUUACUUACGUAUAGAAACCAAUAUUGCGCACUUUGCAAUAAUGUGUCAACAUAUGAAUUUUGGACUUUGAUAUUUAAAGUAGAAGCAAUACCCCCUCCGUAUUAUACCCCAGAUAAUUUUGUGGAGUUUAUUGCGAGGAAUUAUCAGCUUUUAGAUGGCAUUCGACCAAACGAAGGUCAGCGUAUCCGUUGGUGUACUUACCCAGAUGUAUUAAAUACUUGUCUUAAUACAACAUCUGAACAAGGCAUGAAAGAUUGUGUGCAAGGAACUGUGGGUUUGGUAAAGGAAAUACAUUCGAACAUGGUGUUCAAAAAUAAAGCUUGUGCUUUGUGUAAUGGAUAUAGCAUGAUAUGUGGGGUGUCUGAAAAAACAGUCGAUCCUUGUAGUAUAAGUGGCUCUGCAAUAAGCCGUGCUAUAAGCUUGCGUGAUUAUGGUGUAUCCAAGACAACCAAAUCAUGCAGGAAAAGUGAAGUUUACGAUACUUUCUUAGGGAAAUGUCGUCAGACCUACAUCAUCAAUAAACUAAACUCGGGCUCUGCGGAUGAAUACCAAGUGACUAUGUCAGUCUUAUUGACAAAAAGUAAUGAAGUUUUUGUUGAUCAUAUUCAACUGGAAAAGUCGCUUUCUGAUUACCUUAAAGUGAACAAAUCACAAAUAAAUGAUAUAAAAUCUACUAAGACCAUUGCACUAGCUGAUAGCCCGGAGACAUUUCUCAAAUUCAAAAUACAGUUGACACAGGCGCAAAGCCUGAUUUUAGCAUCGGAUGUAAACUUAAAUGGAAGUUCAAAUGAAACAACUACAUUACGUCGUCUAUUUAGAUUUAGCGAAGCUUUUCAACUACAUGUUGGUUUUCAAACGUUCACAAUUUACCGUCAGAAAAUUCGGCAAAUUAAUUGUACCCGUCCACAUGUCUACCAGUAUGGAGAAUAUGUUUUUCUGGAUGAUUUAAAGAUUCGUAUUUUAUCUACUGGUGCUGUCUACGAGCAGUUUGAAUACUACAUGAACAGCACCAUGAUAAAUGCACCAGUAACAGUAUGCUUGAAAAUUGUAUCACGUCAAUGUAAUGGAACUUAUAUUAAACUGAAUUCCUCGGAAUUUCACUUUACCAACAAUUUAACACUAGUGUACAAUUCACUUGUGUAUAAGUUUGGUGAUUAUAUUUACGACAACGGUAUGGUGUAUAUAUGUGUGAACUUUGAGAGAGAAUAUACAACCAACACUGGCAACAAUACACCUAAAGAUGACUUAGCAUUGGUAAUAUUGACCUGGAUUGGGUUUAUCGUCUCUAUAAUUGGUUUACUGAUUCUUUUCUUCACUUAUAUCGUCUUUAAAGAACUAAGAACUUUGCCAGGAAAGAAUCUUAUGAAUUUGUCCAUCUCCUUAUGUUUAGCUGAAAUAUUCUGGCUCGUUGGCUCUACACUUGAUAAUUAUCCCACAGCAUGCACUGUUGUUGCAAUAGCAAAUCAUUAUUUCUUUCUGGUUUUCUUCACAGCAAGUUCAGUAAUUGCAUUUCAUUCAUGUUUGGUAUUUGGACGCAAGAUGACUAUUCGUCGCACUCCAUCUGAAGACAACAAGAUAUGUGUUAUCUACUUUCUAGUUGUCUGGGGAAUGCCAGGUCUUUUUCUCCUCAUAUUCGGUUUACUAGAUCACUACGGAGUGUUCAUUGUAGACUAUGGUAAAUCAGUCGUAUGUUGGCUUGGCACAAAGGAAUCAACGAUUUUUCUAUUUAUCCUUCCAUUCGGCAUGUUGCUAUUAUUCAACCUUAUUCUCUUCAUCAUCGUAGCUUUACGUCUUCGUGAGAAUCAAAAAUCCAGCGCCAAAGCCCUUGGAAAGGAAGCAAAGAAACGUCAAAUGCAGAACGUCAAAGUUUGCCUCAAAUUAUCAACUUUGAUGGGAUUCACAUGGUUGUUUGGACUGCUCCAGGUUGCCGUGGAAACGGAAACUGGCGCUUUUGAGUAUCUGUUUAUUAUUUUCGUCAGUUUCCAAGGUUUGUUUAUCUGUGCAGCGUUUCUAUUUCAAAGAAAGUGUUAUGAACUCUACAACACCUUAAUAUUUAGUUCAUCCAGAGGCACCAGUACAGGUGCAGAGACGCCGUCAAAAAGUCGUCGUGUAAAGGACACGAAACUCUAAGGUAAUUCGUUGACACUAUAAGUAGGGUUUAUGGAUAACUUUCAGUUCACUAACUUGAUGUUCUUGGCUGCAAAAAACUUGGAGAAUAUAUACAUUGUCAAAACGCAUGUAUACAUUUUGUGGUGCAUAUAUAACAUGUGGUUAGAGCGUUUGCACAUGACGUCACAGCCGCCGUGUUGGUGUUCCAAUUCAAAAGAAUUUUAAUUAGACUCUUUUGUCUGGAACACCACCCUGGGGAAUGAGUGCAAAC